AUGAAAUUAUCAUCUAUCUUAGCUUCAGGAUUUUUAUUAUCAGGUAUCAUUGCUUCUCCAAUUGCUGCUUCUUCAGAUGUUACAGAAAGCUCUUUUACUUCCACUGAUAAUUCUACUGAUAUCAAUGCGGCAGGGAGUGAAAAACUUCCACUUUGCUUUGAUGCCAAUAAGAGUGUUUUCUGCCAUGGUAAUAGCUACAGAGCCUGCUAUGCUUUUCUUAGUCGUCCUGGUGUCAGUCCAAAAGAUGCUAAAAGUCAAUGUUCUUUCUGGUGCAGCAAAAUCAAAACUGUUGAUGAAUGUAAAAGUCUAAAGAAAAAAUUUGAUUUCCAUCCAAAAUUCAGCUGUGACAAAGACGCUAAAUAUUGUUAA